AUGAACGGUUUUACAAAUCUGCGGAAAUGUGUAAAAUGUCCCGAGCCAGGUACAUUGUGCGGUUUAGAUCCUUCGAAAGCAUCAUAUUGCAAAUCGUGUUUUAUUCAAAUGGUUAAACACAAAUUCAGUUCCAAUAUUGGCAAGCGAAGGUUAUACAAGGUACUCUUGUUUUUUAUCUUAAGUUUGCCCCAAAAUUUAUUUGUAAGUAACUGCCGGGAUUUCUUGCGUCCAUCAAUUAAUCUAGUUCGAAACUACUUGAUGUUCAGGAUGGAGAGAAACGAGAAACAAUCGUAG